UUCGCUCGCGCGUUCAGUUUGUUUUUGGCGUUCGUUCGUUGCUGCAAGAGGACUGGUGCGUUCGUUCGAAGCCCAGCAUAAAAACGUGAGAUCACCUCUGUGCAAAAUUUAUGCAUGAUUGGAUUUAGCCACCGUUUACGGGUGUUCUCUCUCGCGAGUGAUCCGUGCGUGAUAAAGCAUUCAGUGGUUUGCAAGUGGUUGAAAAGGUGCGGAAAAUAGUGCGCGAGUUCUAAUACAAAAAUGACGUCACAGCGAUUCCGGAUUCGGUGCAUAAUAGUUCGCCUACAGUAAAAUUGCUGCAAAGCGACCAUUCGAGAUACGAAAACCAUCCAUAGCCAAAGUUAGUGGCGUGCGGUCAUCAUCGUGUCGCAUUCGUCGAUAUCAGCAUUGGGCGGCCAUAUCAUAUCGGCGUGUAUGCCGGCGGGUUAAAUUAAUGAGGCAGGUGUUACUAGCUCAGAUUGGUGCUGCUCGUGCUCUGAAUCAAUUGGUUCGAUGAGAUAGUGUGUGAAAAAAGCAUUGCCAAAAGCAUCGUUAAUUGCGAGUGUGCGUGGAAAACCGUGGAAAUAGUAAAAAUACACAAAAGUACAACAGAUAGUUGGGGGAAAAAGUCGGUGUGAAAUUCAUUGUGCACAUUCUUGCGCUUGUGCUUCGUUUUGUUUUCCACCUUGCUGCCGGUGAAAUAAAUGCCGAAAUGUUGAUUAUUGAAUCAUUGUGUCACAUAAAUAAUUAUCCAUGAAAAAUCGAUCGUGCACCGUGCCGGCUAUUUGUGUAUUGUAUCGAGGUGCAUACGAUCAGGGUCGUGUUUCCUCUAGAGCGGUGUCUGUUUGCAGCAGCAAAGAAUAAACCGGAAUUAUUUUACUCACCUGGUGAAUACACGUGGCUCGGUGGCAGUGCAUGCAGACACGGAGGCAGCGGCAGUGUGCAGCACCUUUCGGCGGUACCGCGAUGAUGGUGUGUUGAUGCUUUUUUACGUGUGGCAUCAACCAUUUUCGAACCAAUUAUCGCGGGCAAAUUUAAAAAAUUGAUCAACUCUUUCCUCCGCUUGCCCUUCAUUUCCCGCCGUGGCCGAGGAGUCCCUUGGCCAACAGGACAUAAGGGAGUGAAGGUGGGAUUGGGGAAAAACGUAAAAUAAAUACAUUAAAAAAAAAACCAUCGAGCGCAAUCAGCAAGGGAAACGCCAGCAGCAUACGCAUUGUGAUACGUCGAUGCAAGGUGUGGAUAAUCGGAAACAACAAUGAACUGCUUCCGCAGAAACUUGGUCACUAUACAAGCGGUGGCAUUUUCGGUGACGCUGUCAGCGCUGCUCACGCUCGUCACCGUCGUGGCCGCGGACGAAAUCCGGGACACACGCGAAGGCGAAACGGUCACGUUAAAAUGUCGCUUCAGCGAGCAGUCGGCGGCGAGCGAUUUCUCCUACUACUGGGCACGCUCCACCGGCAACAAAUUCGACAAUGUUGCCAUCAAGGGUGUCCAGCUUAACACAAACUACAGGAUCGACUUUCGACCAGAGCAGGGUAUAUACGAUCUUACCAUUAUGAACACAUCAUACAGCCGGGACAAUGGACGGUUUGAGUGCCGCGUGAAAGCGAGCGGCACGGGUGCGGACGUUCACCAGGAGUAUUACAACCUGACCGUUCUCACACCACCACAGCCACCCUUUGUCGAGCCGGUCGAGCUGCGGGCAACCGAGGACGAAAAGUUUGAUCUGACCUGCAGUAGCAUCGGUGGUUCACCGGAUCCAACCAUCACGUGGUACCGAGUGGGUUCGGAAAAGCCGCUCAAGUCGACCAUCACCAAGGGUGGAUCGAAGGAUCUGCGCACCUCCAGCACCCUAUCGAUCGUUCCUCGCCGGGAGGACGAUGGGGCAAAGUUCCGCUGCGUCGUCUGGAAUCGUGCCAUGUCGGAGAAGGACAAGCUGGAAACGACAGUCACCCUGUCCGUGAACUAUUUUCCACGAGUAAAGGUGGGCCCGGAAAACCCGCUACGCGUCGAGCGGGACAGCACUGCCGUGCUGGAGUGUGCCGUAGACUCGAAACCGAAGGUACCGAACGUACGGUGGACACGGAACGGGCGAAUCAUCAGUUCGUCGCACUCACACCCGAUACAGCGUGUGUCGGUGCAGGAUGCGGGCAACUAUGCCUGUGCCGCGGACAAUGGGCUGGGCAAGAUCGGCGAGCAAAUCAUUACGCUAGACGUGUUGUACGCACCGAUCGUCGUGAUCGAGUCGAAAACGUGGGAAGCGGAAGAGCGUUCCACCGUGACGAUUCGAUGCAAUGUCACCUCCAACCCGCCGCCGGUAUCAAUCGAAUGGUUCAAGGAGGGCAGCCCGGACUUCCGGUACGCCGGUGACAUCCUGCAACUGAGGGACGUUAAGGCGGAACAUGCGGGGCGGUACGUUUGUCGGGCGGUCAACAUGAUGAAGCCGUACAAUGGCAAGAUCGUUGAACGGGUGGGCAAUUCCACCGUGGCCCUGCUGGUGCGUCAUCGACCUGGCCAAGCAUACAUCAAUCCGAGCAAACCGAUCGUCCACGUGGGUAACGGUGUGACGCUGACCUGCUCGGCGAACCCACCCGGCUGGCCCGUCCCGCAGUUCCGCUGGUUUAAGGAUGCAGUCGGAGAGCAGCAGACGCCGAAAACCAUUUUGGCUCAAGGAACUCAGUACGUGAUACCCCGGGCGCAUCUCGGCAGCGAGGGAAGCUACCACUGUCACGCCGUCAACGAGAUGGGCUCCGGUCCGAUGGCCACGAUCAACCUGGAAGUGCACCAACCUCCCCAGUUCAUUGGCAAAAUGCAACAGCACAUGACGAAGCGUAUCGGCGAUACUGACUUCUCGGCCACGUGCCAUGCGAAGGGUAAGCCGCGCCCGAUGGUACGUUGGUUAAAGGAUGGCCGUGACAUCACAACCGAUGCCAACAUGUACCGCAUCAGCACGAACAACAACGACGGUCUCAGCGGCAUGGUGACGGUGCAGAGCACGCUGCUCUUCCAGGGAAAAGCCCGUCCGCACAAAAAUCAACUACUGCCAAGCGAUCGGGGCACUUACACGUGUCUCUUUGAGAACGAGGUCAGUACGGCUAACGCCAGCAUGAACCUGCGCAUCGAGCACGGUCCGAUCGUGCUGCACCAGUACAACAAGGUGGCGUACGAAAUCAACGAGAAUGCUGCCGUCAUGUGCAGAGUGCAGGCGUAUCCAAAACCCGAGUUCCAAUGGCAGCUCGGUACCAAUACGGCCGCCCUGUCGAUGUCUGCUGAUGAGCACUACGAGAUCAACACCACCACCGACAACAACGACAUUUACACAAGCGUCCUUCGCAUCAACCGGGUUAAGCACGAAGAUUACGGAGACUAUACCUGUCGGGUUGGAAACUCGAUCGAAACGAUCCGGGCACCGAUCCGGCUGCAACCGAAAGGACCGCCGGAAAAACCGACCAAUCUCGGGGUGGCCGACGUUGGUUCCAACUACGUGUCGCUAGUGUGGGAUCCGGGCUUUGAUGGUGGCAUUACCAAUACGAAAUUCUUCGUAUCUUACCGCAAGGUCGCGAUCCCGCACCACGACCAGGUGAAAGAGGACUGCGGCAUUGUGCAGCAGGUCAGCUCGGAAUGGAUGGAGUACGACUGUCAGCGUGAUGUACCGUGCAGCGUAACGCCACUGGAUCAGUACCAGAGCUACGUUUUCAAGGUGAAGGCGAUCAACAGCAAGGGCAAUUCGGAACCCUCGAACGAAGUAGCGACCACGACAAAGAUCAGCAAGAUCCCCGUACCGCUGCACGUUGGUUUCGAUCCCGAUACGAAACAGCUAGGCCUAAACAUUGGAGCCACCUGUCUGGCACUGAUCGCGGUGGUGGAGACCAUCGGUUUUCACGAAAGCCCGAUAGCCACCUGGCAAGUGGUGCAAUCGAUACCGCUAGCAGUGUCCGGCAAUGGACCGACGUACAAGGAGCAGGUGCUAGAAAAUAUGUACUCCGCCCGACGUUCGAGUGGCCGAUCGAUGGCCAGCGAUGAUGAUUUCCCGAUGGCUCUGGAGGAGGAAAUCCCUCCGAAGGUGCGCGUAAAGCUGUGUCUAAAGUCAAGCCACGAGUACUGCGGGGACUAUAUGGAUGCUGAAAUUGGUCCUGCUCUCAUACACGAUUCCGCUUUCAUAGCAACGCCGACGCUGAUCGCGAUCGUGGUUUCGUGCGUAGUCUUUGCCCUGUUCGUGGGUCUCAUGCUAAUGUUCUGCCGCUGCAAACGCAAUCAAACGAAGAAAUCGAACCAAACGAAAGACUACGAGAUGGACUCGGUAAGACCGUCCAUAGUGGCACAGCAAAGCCAGGCACCGCCGCCCUACUAUCCAACGACUACCGGCCUGGACAACAAGGCGCUGGAGCACUCGAUGGAUUUAGCCUUGCAACUCGAAGACCAAAAAACAUCCGUCUACGCAACGCACAACGGGUACGGCUAUCACACCGGCACGGGCAUACAAGUGGCUGGCCAUAGUCUACCGGCCAACGAAUGGGUCACGAUGGGUUACACGGAAAACAGUUACACCAACUCAAACAACGGAGGCAGCGUCAAUUCACAGGAUUCCAUCUGGCAGAUGAAGGGAGCACCGCCACCAUCAACCGCUGGCCACCAUCCCGCAACGAUGGCCGCCAUCGGCAUCCAGCCGCUCUCGAUGGGCAGCUUGCAGCACGGUGGCUCGGCGUAUGCUACCACCACCACCACCACUACCGCGGCGGCCGGUUCGAGUACGCCCGGUCUGGCCUAUGGGUACGAUCCGAUUGCGACGCACUCGAACGUGUACGGCGGCGCGAUGACGAUAGGGGGUGACGAGUACAGCCAAUAUCCCCACCAGGCGGCCACACCCAGCCAGCACGGUGGCGAAGACGACUACCUACACCAUCAUCACCAUCAUGCGGUGGCGGCAAUGCGCCAAAGCCAGAAUCCCUCCCGGCAGCAGGAGUACUGCGGCGAUUCCUACGCGUCUGUACAUAAAGCAAAGAAACGAUUAGACCAGCCAUCGCAUUUCGACUCAUCAUAUCACGACGUUAGCGGUUUGCCCGAUCCGUAUCUGGAUCAGCAGCAACAGCAGCAGCAGCAACAGCCACAACAUCAGCUGCAUCAGCUAGAUCAGGAGGACAGCAAAUCACUGCUACAGCUAAACCACCCGCAAGACCACGGCAGCUUACACCUGCACGCGCAGCAGCAGCAGCAGCAGCAACCGCAACCAAUCUACGAGGACAACCUGGAGAGCGGCUACUCGACACCGAACUCGCGGAAUCGUCGCGUCAUACGGGAGAUAAUUGUCUGAGAACAGCCCCGGGUACGGUUCGCGGAUAGCGGAUCGUGCCUGUAAGCUGGAGGUGUGAAUCCAUCCAUUUCCGGUUUUUCUUUCUCGCUAAACAAAUCAUCCACAUACACACACACACACACAAACACACACACACACAGACACUCACAGAUAUGCAAACAAACAAAGUCGUCCGAUCCUCGCCCAUGUGCAUCCACUGUGUGUGUGGAUGUGCAAUCGUGUGCAAUCGAUUGUUGGAGGGCCAAACAACCGGGACGACGGGGAGCGAGUGUUACCGUGCAACGGGCGGAUAAAAACAUGAUGCCGCAAAAUCGCUCAAUUCAAAGAGGACGAUUUGCAUAAAUUGAUCGGGACUACCAGCUACCGUUGCCUCCUUUUCCUCGUCCCGCAGCGGCAACGGUUCCGCGCCUUUUCGGAACAAUUUAGCGUAUAUCAAUUAAAAGCCAGGCAGCAGCAUCGUGCGUGCAUGUAUGUGCGGGUGUGUGAGUGUGUGUGUGUGUGUGAGAUUCGUAAUCGUUCUACAAAUUAGGGAAAAGGGGGGAGGUAUACCACCACUGAACUGAACCUGCAAUGGGAUGGUCUCUUUUUUAUGCCCUCGGCAACGAGAGCUAAUCGCGCUGCGUUCGAUGCGAAAUUAUGGAUGUGUAUCUCUCGACUCAUUAUUGCUUCAUCGGUGGCCAAGCUAUGCACGGAUGCGAUAGCGGGCGACAAUUGUUUGUCAGCCCGGCUCAAACCGCAGGGAUUCCCGAUAAAAACAAGCAAACUACUACAACAAAAACCACCCCAAAACCGCCACACACUACUGCUACACACAUUGCGGUUGGGCCAGAGCAGUUUGUUACAGUUUGCGUAGCUAAUUGUUUUAGUUUGACACAUUAAUUUAAGUGCUUCUGUUCUGGCCGACGGGUAAUCAGUCUAACUGACCCAAAAUGCACCGCACUUGUGUGUGUGCGAUGCUUGGUUGUGUGUUUUUUUAUGUUUGUUUGUUUAAUAUUGCCCUUCCUUAUGCAUUACAUGUAGCGUAAAACAUGCCGAUUAAAUUACGUUCUAUUGCUGCUAAAGGGAAGGGAACGGUAACACACAAUUGGUAUAAGCUUUUGCGACCACAAAAUGACUGAUGCUACCCCCGACAUCCCGACUGAAAUUAACUACUCAAUGUGGGAAAUUUGCAACAUGACAAAGAAACAACUCUCUAAAGAGCGUUGCAUGCGUUGCGGACAACAUGACAUUAUUGUCCUGCCGACCAGUGUGUGUGUGUGUGUGUGUGUGUGUGGUCCAGCCCUGGCCAACCCCGUUCUGCCCAUUCACUAGUGGAUACUCGUAUUUUAAUAUGUUUCUAUACCAAUGAUUAGGAUUAGGUUUCGAUGUUAUUUUGUUUAAAUCUUCCUAUUUAGGUAGUUAACGCCCGCCGCUUGCCAUCUCGCUCGGCCAAUCGACCAGCAUAAUUACUCAAAUACACAUACACACCAAGGCCGUCGUCGAGGUAUUGUGUACUCGAAAGAGAGCUGUAAGGGUCAUAUUGGGAGGGGGGUCCACAAUUACACAACAGCUGCUAGUGCAUAUGCUGAAAAAGAAUGUAAGGCAACGAGCGUAAAUGCAUGUCAAUGCAUUCGCACAUAUGUUAUACUACACACACACACUUACGCGUACACACAUACACACUUAGAUUACUGACGUGUAGAAGAAAAAUAUGUGUCCUUAAAAUCGAACGCGUCACUACUGAUGAUGCUGAUCGUAGCUUUACACUGCUACACGUGUAGCCCAUGUGGAACGAUCCUUUGCCAACGAUCGUCCGAUUGUGCUGCUGCACAGUGACCAAAGGGUUACUAAUCAUUGUGCAAUCCACCCCCUCGCUACCCCCUUCCCUUCCAUGUGUUGUGUGUACGCUGAACUUAUGUUUGAUUUUCUGUCUCUACACAAGUGUACGACGGUCUGCGAUAAUGAUUUGCGUGCGAGUGCCUGUGUGUGCAUGUGUAUUGAAAGGGGAAGAAGGCAUUUAGUAUGCUAUUGUGCUUCUACGUGAACGAUCACUGAAUGCACAAGUGCACAAACAGAAAUUAGUGGAUAUUCGAAUUUAAACUAACCAUGGGAAUCCGUUGCAAACACACUCAACCAUAUACACUACACACUAGCGCGUAUCAUGGAGAAAGCAUAUGAAAGUAUGCAAGUAACAUCACUGUUCACAUCAAUCUGCAAACAACCAGCGGCCACUUAGUACUACAUACAACUACAACUGCACAAAACACGUCCCACAUUACUGCGGUGUGUGAGGCAUAAUUCAAAGCCGCCCUUUAAACCGCACUCACCAAUAUCGGAUCCCGAUCGCAACUAGAUCAACGUAGUUACAUUAGCUCAUUGACAACCACACGACUGUAGCAACAAUCACCGAGAGCAGACCUGUGACCCAAUCUGUUUCGCUUUCUGCCAAACUGGUCCGUUUCUGUGCUUUUUUUAGUUUCGAUAUCAAUUUUAUAGACGAUCAGUUAGUGUCCUCUACACCCUUUCUUUUGAUCACUAUGGAACAGGUCAAUGUGGGUUGUGCAAAAUACAUUUCUGGCUAUGUACGCUAUGCUGCAUGUGUCUGUGUGUGUAUGUCUGUUUGUGGGAUGCAUGUGUGCGUGUGUGUAUGUGUGUGCGAAUGUAUGGUUAUGCGUGUGUUGUAUAGGAAAUAUCGAAUUUAUCUACGCGAACGCGAAACUUAUUAAACGUGCUAUAAUGAACACACAAAAAUGCAGACACCUUAAAGCAAAAACAAAUGUGUAUUGAAUUUAAACGCAUCGGAAUUUAUACAGUAAAAAAUCACAAACUCCCUCCUCCUCCUCUUCAUAGCACACAAACGCUCCCUGACACACACUGAAGUUUGAUAAGGAUAAGUGAAUUUAAAUCACAAAUAUUUGUUGGCAUGUGAACACACAAAAAAUGCUGCUGAAGAAAAAGAUGCAUUUUGAUUUGAUGCUUCAUACUCUACAAUUCCAGCAAAGAUACGAAAAUUAUAGAAUUAAUUUUCUUUAGAACAUUCUCACCCAAAGUUUAACAAGUGCGCAUUUGUUAACAGAAAGUUUUGUAACCAUUAAUCAUGUUAAACAUUUCAAAGAGUUUAUGUUUUAAAACAGUGGAUUUGAAAAAAAAACGAACAUAUGUUACGAAAAGCCUUUUCGAUGGAGAGCUUUCUCUCGUCGAACCGUAGCGCCAUCUAGGGUGAGAUUUUUUUGUCGUUGAUUUGAUUCUUUGCUUUUUGAUUUUUUUAUUUCGUGUUUUCUUUUUCAAACGAUUCAACCGUUUAGCUAAAUUCUAUUUAGCUGGAGUACGUAUAUUUUUUUUGCGUAUAACUUUUAUUUAAACAAUAUUUUCAAAUUCAUUUCAUCAUGCGCAACAUCAUUACUUUGAAGUAUAACCGAAUAUUCACAUUAAAACACACCAAAUCUUACAUCCACGCAGGCAGUUUAAUAAUCGCUCCGCUAUUAUCGUCGCACUUCAAAAUUCAUUCAUUUUGUGUGUGUUCAUAGCUGUUUCAAAAUGAUCUCGAUCGCACAAAAAUGCUAAAUCCCUGUUCGGUAAAACGAAAGAUACAGCUUAUCCACCAAUAAGUACACGUGACGAUGGGUUUGGUGAAUUGGAACAGUGACAUUUCGCUGCCACCAGAUCAUGCUGUUUUUUGUAUGAAUAUAUACGAACACUAAUUUUAAAAACUCAACUCUAGAUAGAUAGGAAAGCUUAUGCCCGCCAUACGAUGCGAACACAAGAAGCCCAAAUCGUUCGAUUGAAAACGUGAUGAGUACGUGAGAAGGCAGAACACGACAGAGAUCGGAUAGAACCGGGAAUUAUAGCAAUGUAAAAACUAGACGUAUAAGUGUAAACAUUUAAAUAUAAUUAUUUUAAAUUCUAGUGAAUCGGGAACGACAUCAGUUCCGCCACGUCAACACUCAGAGCAGUGGUUCGUUAUCUUGGAGGAAAAAUUCAAUGCAAUCCUACAUUGAACCACUUGAUGAAACGCUAAUGUAGCAAAACCUUAACAAACAUUAGGGACAGAGGUAUAUCAAAGUGUUACCCGAAAGGAUCGAAAAACAUAUGCAAAGUGUAAAUAUACUGUAGCUGUAAGAUGAUCCCCCAUCGUAUAGAGGAAAAUUAAAGCGGAUUCUUCUAUCACAUAUACAUACAUAUAUACCUUGAGAAAACACUCACAAAACAUAAAACUGUCACGUCGUGCGAGAUUUAAGCAAAUUAAAUAGACAAAACAACUAAGCUGUACGAUCACAACAGAUGAAAGCGAUGGUGAGUGGGUUAUGAUCGAUCAUUCAGUCCAACAAACACUUAAAACACACACACAUUCACACAAGAGCAACCCAAAGUUGAGCAAAGAGUUGUGUUUCCUGUUUUUAUUUGCGCACAGCGAUGCGUAAGAAGAACAACACGAUACUGAACAGAAACUGAAAAAUGAUAUUUUAAAUAAAGCAGAAAUACGAAAAGAUUA